AUGCGCUUCGAGGGCGCCGAGCGGCGCGACGCCGUGGCCUUCCACCCGCUGCUGGCGCCGCGCCCCAGCGACUUCUCGGUGUCUGCGCUGCUGACGGCGGGCGCGCUGCCGCCGCCGCCGUACCUGCCCGCGGCGCUGGCGGCCGCCGCCGCGCUGUCCGCGCCCUGCCCGCUGCUCAAGCCGCCACCGCCGCCCUACGCGCCGUUGCCUCCCGACGACGACGGCGUCCUCGACGACCCCAAAGUCACGCUCGAGGGCAAGGACCUCUGGGAGAAGUUCCACAAGCUGGGCACCGAGAUGGUGAUCACCAAGAGUGGCAGACAAAUGUUCCCACAAAUGAAGUUUCGCGUGUCCGGACUGGACGCGAAAGCGAAAUACAUCCUCCUGCUCGACAUCGUCGCAGCUGACGACUACAGAUAUAAGUUUCAUAACAGACGUAUGUUUCCUGCCUACAAAGUUCGCGUUUCUGGUCUUGAUAAAAAAGCAAAAUACAUUUUGCUAAUGGACAUCGUAGCUGCCGACGAUUGCAGAUACAAAUUCCACAACAGCCGAUGGAUGGUGGCGGGUAAGGCGGAUCCCGAGAUGCCGAAGAGGAUGUACAUCCACCCCGACUCCCCUUCCACCGGCGAGCAGUGGAUGCAGAAAGUUGUCUCCUUCCACAAACUCAAGCUGACCAACAACAUCAGCGAUAAACACGGAUUCGAGCUCAUCUAUAACCAAAGUCAACGGAUGUUGUCAAAGUUGCUGUGGCCCAAUCCAGUGCCUAGUGCGCCAAGAGAUCCCCACUCAGACCAUUUGUGUGUCACGCAGACGAUCCUGAACUCGAUGCACAAGUACCAGCCGCGCUUCCACCUCGUGCGCGCCAACGACAUCCUCAAGCUGCCUUACUCCACCUUCCGCACUUAUGUAUUCAAGGAGACGGAGUUCAUCGCGGUCACCGCAUACCAGAACGAAAAGAUAACGCAGUUAAAGAUAGAUAACAACCCGUUCGCGAAAGGCUUCCGGGACACGGGAGCAGGGAAGAGGGAAAAGAAUUUGUCGGUGUACCGCAGGCAGGCGCUGCUGACGGCGCGUGCAGACGCGCGAGACGAGGACGAUGAGCGGCCGCUGGACGUUGGCGGCCCCGCCAGCCCGCCGCCACAGACCUCCGCCACGCAGCACACUAACAGCUCGUGGUUCAGCUCUGGAGGUGGCGGGGACUCCGGCGCGGAAGAAGCGGGCUCCGACUCGUCGUGCUCGGGCGGAGCGCGCGCCUCCUCACCGCCCGCUGGCCCCUCGCGGCCCUCACCCGCGCCCGACGUGUCCCUCGGCCCGCCGGUGCAGCCGCCCCUGCUGCCCUACCUCUACCCCCCCUCGCUGUACCCGCCGCCCUUCUUCCCGCCGCAUCAGAUGCCGCCGGGCCUACUGUUCAACCUGCACCCGCUGCUGCAGCAGUACUCGCUGCCGCCGCCGCCCGCACCGCCCGCGCCCGCGCCCUCACUAGGCAAGGCGCACAGGUUCGCGCCGUACGCGCUGCCCGGGCUGGGGUCCGCGUUCGAGCAGGUGGCGCCGCGCGCGCGCAGCCUGAGCUCGUCGCCUGCACGCGGCGGUGCGGGAGCGGGGGCGGGUGCGCGGGCGGGGGCGGGGUCCCCGCUGGCGCGCGCGGCCUCCGCGGACCCGCCCCCCGACCCGCCCACGUCCACCACGACCUCGACGGCCGCCGCGCCGCCGCCCUCCGACCUCAAGAGCAUCGAGCGCAUGGUCAACGGCCUGGACGUCGAGACUCAGGACUGACUCGCGACCUAGCCUGUAAAUAGUAUUUAUAUCCCCCCCUCCCCUGCGCUCCGCACCACAACACCGGAGUGUUGGCGUCGUUUUGUAUCGUUCCUAUUUUGUUUUUUUUUGUCUGUCGAGUUCUAAUCGGGUCGAUAUUUGAUUGUAAAUAGUUAAGCUUUAUCCCCUAGGUAGUACAUAGCGGCUCACUCCC